GUCUGCCAUUUUGCCGGUGCAAUCCUGGUAAUAAAAGCAAGUCUCUUGGAGUGGGCUAGCAAGCCUAGUUUGUAUUGUUUUGAUUAUCGACGAGAUUCCUAGAUAAAGUUAAAUUGUGCCGUGUUACCGGCAGAAUGUCGGGAACAAUAUUAGAAAAUCUCAGUGGAAAAAAGUUGAGCAUUUUAGUAGCGUGCCUGUUGUUGCUGCAGUUCCUUUGCUUUUUACUGGGUGGCCUUAUAGCACCUGUACCAGCUAGUGUCCAAACAAUUCUUGCAACUAUAUGCAAAGACAUCCCCGGAUCGCACAAUGACACCACAAUAUGGCUGUAUUCACGGGGCGAGGACCAAUGUCGAAGUUUGGAUCAUUUAGAUAUUGAAAACGAUGACAUGAAGAUGGCAAACCAAAUCGUAUUUGUAUUUCAAAUGCCACUUCCUCGCGAAGGCCGACAACUGGAUUACUCUCGGUGGCAGCAAAAUUUAAUAGGUGUUCUCCAAACGGAUAUUGUUUUUGACGCUAAUAUGUUGCAUACACCGCACACCAAGAUUACGAUUGACGCCCGGUUAGCAUAUCGGAAUAAGGGUGAUUCUGAUCAAGAUUGGAAAUAUUUAGCCUCGUCCUUGGAGCAACGAGAUUUGGACUGCACAGCUAAUAAUGUAACCGACGACUAUUUAUACAAUUGCAAUACCAUUCCAUUGUUUGAACUUGGUUCGUUACACCAUGACUUCUACCUUCUAAAUGUCCGACUCCCGGUGGAUAGCAGCCUUCGAAUGAACCUGGAUAUUGGUCAUAUUAGAGAUUUGCACCUAUCGGUAAUUUACCAGAACGGUGGCUUCACAAAAGUAUGGGUUUCUCUGAAAACUGCAUUCCUACCGUUUAUCUGCUUAAUUUUGGUUUGGUUCUGGCAACGAGUACAUCUUCUUCAGCGCAAACCGGCCUUGCUAGAGGUGAUGCUAUUAUCACUUGGCUGUGCAUUAAGCUUUUUGAACCUUCCUCUUGAGUAUUUUACACUUUUCUUUGAUAUGCCCUUCAUGCUGCUACUGAGUGACAUUCGGCAAGGAAUAUUUUACGCAGCAUUACUCUCGUUUUGGCUGGUAUUCGCCGGAGAACAUAUGCUGAUUCAAGAAACAGGAGAUAAAUCAAGCCUAAAAACAUAUUGGAAGCACCUGAGUGCCGUGGUUGUUGGUUGUGUUUCUCUUUUUUUAUUUGAUUUGUGUGAACGAGGAAUUCAGCUACGCAAUCCUUUUUAUUCCAUAUGGGUAUCUAAAAUUGGAGCUAAUGUAGCACUUGGAUUCAUCAUAUCGGCUGGUAUUUCUGCAGCACUGUACUUUUUCUUUCUUUGUUAUAUGAUCUGGAAAGUGUUUUGUAACAUAAACAUCAAGCGAACCUCACUUCCGUCGAUGUCAUCUGCUCGAAGACUCCAUUACGAAGGAAUCAUCUACCGUUUUCAGUUCUUAAUGCUGGCCACUUUGCUUUGUGCAGCCUUAACGAUUAUUGGGUUCAUCAUUGGCCAAGUUUCGGAAGGGCGUUGGAAGUGGGAUGAAAAUAUUGACAUAGAGUUCACUUCAGCUUUUUUUACCGGUGUGUAUGGUAUGUGGAACAUUUACAUCUUUGCGCUCAUCGUAUUGUAUGCUCCAAGUCACAAGAAGUGGCCGUCGAAUGAAACUACAGAAAACAUAAUGAGUGAAGAGAUUGAAUUCAGCAACCUGCCAUCAGAUUCUAAUCCAAGUGAAAUCUCUUCCCUCACUCAAUUCGCGCGUAAAGCAGCGCAGGAUUGAACUUUAACUAACCAAUUUCGGACAGUAUUCGCAAUGUAUUUCAGCAUCGCUUUAUCAUACGUUGCGGUUAAUUAAUGAUCUUCCGUUUUAAUGAAAGAAUUUAUAGAAGCCACAUAGAUUGUGUUUUCAAAUACAUAGCAAAGUCAUUAGUAAGCCAGGCGAGUACAGAAAAUAUCUAUUCUCAAUCAUAAGUGUGUAUUUCUUCAGCAUCUCAGUAUUAACGUGUUCAUGUUAGUUAACAACAUAUUCAAAUUCAUAAUAAAUAUACAGCGUAGGGUUUAAAUUUCAUACUUUAUUAAACUCAACAAAAUGUGUGUGUUAAAUGAAACAUGCUAUUUAAAUCACAAUCGACUAAGCUAAGACUUAUAACAAAACUCUUACCUUAAAAAUAUUUUUCAUAUACAUAUUGUAUCUAUUAAGUUUUAGCUAUUUUUUUGUAUGGAGUUUCGUGAUCACACGACCAAUUACCAGUUUCUGUCAAUGUUGAGGCCGCCGCCUUCGAGUUGAACUUUGGGGAUGAAAAUUUUCACUUUAGUAACAGGAGCGUAGGAUUACCUUAAAAACUUCUAAAUCCCAAAAUUGUAGUAUCAUUUGCGGUUAAAUUAAAGAUACUUACCUAUGUAAAAUCUUUUUUGAUGAUGUGUAUCAAUAACUUGACAAAAGGAGGUAAUUUAUUAUUGAUUAAAGUGCUUCUAUUUAAUCUUGAGUACAGCAAUGGCGAUGAAGGCAUGCAGCUUAAACUUAAGCAAUAUAAGGCGCCAAACUUGACAAUUUAAAAUACCCGCCAAUUUACGAAAUGUUAACAAAAUCAGAUUGCAAUAA